AUGGCAGGAAUUCAUACUUUUAUGGAUGAAGAUGAACUUCCUAAAGGAAAAGAAAUGGCCCCACAACUCCUCAAGGCUAGUGAGGAUUCAAGGAUUUCUAUAUUGGUCAUUUUCAAAGACUAUGCUUCCUCUAGAUGUUGUCUUGACAAGCUUGUAAAGAUUCUUGAGUGCAAACAUAGUAUGGGCCAGGUUGUUCUUCCUAUAUUCUAUGAUGUAGAUCCCUCAAACGUUCGAGAACAAAGAGGGAGUUUUGCAAAAGCUUUUGAUAGACAUGAAGAAAUAUUCUCAAAGGAAAAGGUGAACAAAUGGCGAGAAGAUCUUUUGCAGGCUGGAAAUCUAUCUGGAUGGGUUAUCAAAAGUUUGGCAAAUGGGUACAUAUCUCCAAAUUUCUUAUUUUAA